GUCGAACUCCUCGAAUGUCGUUGCGGGAGAAUUGUAAUCUUCUGGCUUCCUACUGUAACGACUGGGUCGCAUCGAGAUGCGGGUGUGGUUCUCCCAGGGAUGCAGACGGCUUUGGACACAGCUUGCAGGUUUGGUCGCUGUGGCCUCUCUGACUGCUGCAUCCGAUCCCACCUGUGAAGAGCUUGUGGUUUCUCUGGAAGAUCGGAACCUGGUGUCUGGAAAAUGGAUAUUCUACGCCGGGACGUCAGACAAUCAAGAUUUCUUGAAUGAACUUGAAAAAGGGAUCAACCUCUGGGUUCAUUUCUCACUUUCUCACCCUGACAGUGAUAAUAUCCCAGUGAGAUGGGGACACAAAGAAGUUGGAAAAUGCACCUAUGAAAACCUAACUUCCACUUAUUCAAGAGGCGUUGCAACAGUUGAAACUCAAUACAGCCUCAAUGCUGAAGAACAUUCGGAGAAAUACCUGAAGUCAUGUCCUGACUGCCUCCUCCUCGUCGACCACAUGACAGUAAAGCUCCCUAACUUGAGGAGUCCCAUGAAGGGCAGAUUGCUCCUCCUUUUAACGAGGACUGGAACACUCGAUGAUGCUCAGCUGGAGGUUUUCAAGAAACAGGCCGCAUGUCUCAACUUUACAAAAAAGUUGCACUUUGCAGACAACACAGAACUGUGUCCAGAAUAGAGGCUACAAUAGACGAAACACAUCCUGGGGACAGAUAUAUACGACUGACUGACGCCUGACUUACUGCACAAGAGUCUGUAAAAAAAACUGCACUAAAAGGAGUUAGUUUUCAUGAAUAAUAAGAACAGGGGAGGAACAGAAUGUGGAUGCAGAGUAACGGUCUAUUUUUUCAGCCUUUGCUUCGAUCAUUUCCACAUCUGUGUGUGUGUUCACAUUCUUAAUGAUCAAUUGUUGUAAUAAACAGCCUAUGUGAACGUUGACCGAAUGAUUCACUUGAAAGUUGUCAAAAAGGUAAAAAUAAGAUGAUCAGUAAUCAAAACAGAGGCAUGAUGACUAAGACGAUAAAACAAGUAACCGACUGGUUAGUAUAAAGUAUAAAUACCAGACAAAGAAGUUGACAGAAACUAAAUCCAAUCAUAUUUAAUUUUGUCCUGUCGAUGGGUUGGACAAAUUCAAAAUUAAUCCAAUCACAGCUCUUAAAUAGCGUACAUUGAAAGAGGUGUUGGGGUUUGGUAUGAACAAAAGCCAAGCACAUUUGAUAAGAAAGCCAUUGCCAAAACCAAUACGUGCAGCUUAAACAUGUAAUAUUUGAUAGUGAACAGGAUGUCAGGCUUGUCCCUGACAGUUUGGUAAUGUUUUAGGUUUUCCUCUGUGUUUGUUCUAUUUCCUGUCAGAGCUAUUAUUUUUGUUCAGUUUCCUGCUUGUCUCCCUGAGCGCUGUUUCCCCUCAGCUGCGGCUAAUUGACACCUGGCCACACCUGGUGUCAAUCAGCCGGCUGCUAUUUAUACCUGCCCUGCCCCCCAGUCAGUGCUGGAGUAUUGCCGAUGUCGUUACUACCUGUCGUUGAAGCUGUACCUGUAUCCUGUAGCUGUUUGCAGCAUGCUGUCUUUUCGUUCCUAGUUCCUGUUUGCUGGUUCCUGUUUCCCAUUUUCCAGUUUGGCUGUUUCUGGUUUGUGUUUUUUUCUUAA